AUGUGUGUGUGGUUUUUUUUUUUUUUUCCCCUGUUUCUGCAGUUCCUCAAACAACUGGGUGUUUGCUCCAGCUGGCAGUUUGUUGAUGUUUAUGGCCUUGACCCUGAGCUCCUGAGCCUGAUCCCACGACCUGUUUGUGCUGUGUUACUUCUCUUCCCUGUUACAGAAAAGAGGAGGAAGAAAAAAUUAAAAUCCCACGGUCAAGAUGUGGAUUCCUCUGUAUACUUCAUGAAGCAAACAAUAAGCAAUGCCUGUGGAACAAUCGGUCUUAUUCAUUCAGUGGCAAACAACAGAGAAAAGCUUGCUUUUGAAAUUGACUCUGCUUUGAAAAAGUUUAUAGAUGAAUCCCUUUCAUUGAGCCCUGAUGAAAGAGCCAAGUUUCUAGAAAGAGAUGAAGUAAGCAAACUUUGUUUCAAUUAA